AUGCGAGGUUUCGGCAUUUUGGCUCUGCUCCCCCUCGCAGCUGCAAACUCCUUGACAGCUCGCUCGACAGCAUGCAACAACUCGCCUGAUCUUUGCUCCAAAUCCUACGGCGAAAUCACCCAUCUGGGUGCCCAUGACAGCGCGUUCGUGCAAGACUCGUCCGAUGGCAGUGUCGCAGCAAACCAAUACUUUGGUGUCAAGGACCAGCUCGAUGCUGGUGUCCGUAUGGUGACGGCUCAGGUUCACAAGAAGGAUUCCGAAUGGCACCUGUGUCACUCUAGCUGUUCCUUGAUGGAUGCAGGAAAGGUGAGCACGUGGUUGUCAACGAUCAAGAGCUGGUUGGAUUCCAACAAGAAUGAUGUGGUGACUAUCUUGCUGGUCAACUCGGAUGAUGCCUCUGCCUCUGAUCUACACUCAGAAUUCAAAACUGCCGAACUGGUCGAUUACGCCUAUACACCUACCUCGCAAACCGCCGCGCCGUCCUCAUGGCCGACAUUGCAGGAUAUGAUCAACAAUGGUACACGGUUGGUGACGUUUGUGGCAUCGUUGGAUGCUUCCAAGAACACGGUGGCCCCGUACCUGAUGGACGAAUUUACCUACGUAUGGGAGAACCCAUACGAUGUGAGCUCCGCGUCCAACUUCUCCUGUGAACCCGAUCGUCCUGCCAACGUCAAGGGCGAUCUGUCCUCCGCACUCUCUUCGAACCGUCUCCCCCUUAUGAACCACUUCCUCUACCAGAAGACCAUCCUGGACAUCGAGUACCCCAACUCUAGCUAUGUCUCUACGACCAACGCUCCUUCUGGAGGAACUGGAAACCUGGGCGACACCGCGUCCGACUGUAAGCAGAAAUGGAGCCGUCAGCCCACCUUUAUCCUCGUGGAUUUCUUCAACAAGGGUCCCGCCAUUGAGACUGUUGACAACCUGAACGGUGUCAGCAAUGCGACAGGACGGUCUGAUCUGGCAACCUCCCAGACAAGCUCCGGCUCUACCUACUCGAAUGUUUUCAAGGGGCUCGUCCAGCUCGUCAACAAGGCCAAUUCAGGAUCAAAACCCAGCAUGGGCGAAUGGAUCUGGGCUGGAGGAGAUUGGGGUGAGCUGCUCGGUGGUGGUAUUCCACUAUAA